CUUGGUGCCUGGAGACGAAUGGAAGAACAAAGAGAUGAACGCAACUGAGAAGUUUUACCUUUCGGUUGAUGGCAUCUUCGAAAUGUUCGACUCUUUCACCGGGCAUCACCAAUCACACCUUGCACACGCGAUCCUGCAGAGCACAGCCCUCACUCCAGCACUCCUGCACCCCAAAGUCACAAACAUAUCCAAGACUGGCAUGGGCAUCCUCAAGACUGUUCAAGGUUACUGGAGACAACAGGAAAAGAGAGUUUCGCGACGUAGGUCAGCCAGCUCUGGCAAGCGGCACGCGUCGACCGAUCGACUGCCCAAAAUGUCCACGGAUCUGCUGGAGUUGGGUCUGACCAAGCGCACGAACUGUCGGAGAAUAGUUGUGCUCGGUGCACCCAAAGUGGGUAAAACCAGCAUCGUCCAGCACUUCUUGGGUAAAGACUUUGAGGCGCGGUAUGAGCCCACAUCUGAGGACUUCCACAGAAAGCUAUUCCACAUAGGAGGAGAAGCGUACCAGGUGGAUCUUCUGGAUGCUUCAAGUGAGAGGGCCUUCCCAGCAAAACGGAGGUUAUCUAUACUGACAGGUGACAUGUUUCUGCUCGUCUUCAGUUCGGACGACAAACACUCCUUCCACGAAGUCUGUGAGCUGCUGGAGGAGAUCAAAGCCGCGAAGGCAAAACUACACAAAGCGAAACAUCCCGUGCGAGUGCCAGCUGUCGUAUGCGGGAAUAAAGCGGAUCUGGAAGCACAGAGGACCGUCAGCCGGUCCGAAGUGCGAGAACUCUUCGGGGACGAGGUCUCUUUCUUCGAGACGUCGGCUAAAGAUGGCUCCGGACUGGAAGACAUGUUCAGAGCUCUCACUGCUCUCGGUGGACUUCCCAAAGAGACAUGUCCAUCCCAGCAUGAGCUCAUAUCCAUCCUCACCUACCAGUCGCUGUACGCCGACCAGCGAGGGAGGAGGGGAAGCCGCAUGCGGGGGCGUGGUGUGCCCUGUGCCGCUGUGGAUCCUUUGGCGCGCCGGCCAAGCUUCACCAGCGACCUGCAGAUGGUGCUUGGAUCAAGCACCAAGCAAAACAAAUCGGAGAAGUGUCAGAUUCAAUGAAUUGUGAACCUUCUCCACAAACCAAUUGUAGUAGUAUGCUGCAAUGUCAUAUCAUGUGAAGAGUUAUACUCUCUAUAGCACAUGGCUGGACCAGUGCGUUCAUAUUUUUUGUAUAGACCCAUGUCAACUGUCUUUUAUCUUGCAUUAAAAUGUAUUAUUUCCAAAUGUUAUUUGUGCUAUUUUAUUA